AUGUUUGGUGGUUCAGAACCUGGUUGUGGUGCAGGAAAGGGAGGUGGUGCUGGUGGAUCGAUCCGUGAAGCUGGUGGAUCACUUGGCAAGCGAGAAGCUACUCUAGAAGAUGAAUACUUCCGACGUUUGGAUCAACAAAAGAUAGAAGCACUUAAAGAAAAAUUAGAUCAUAAAUCUAAUCAAGAAAAGCAAUCACCACUGGGUACCAAUCAGUUGGAAAAGAAACCUAAUUAAAUCCCUUGCCACUCGCGUCAGACGCACGCAUCUGCAGCUCCGACACCAUGGAAGAAGAACUAAACUUCCUGAGGGAAAUCUUCAUACAAAAUGGCUACCCACCAAGAUUCGUAGACAAAAACAUCAAACAGAAAAACCAAAAGCAAGAGACACUAUCCGUGCCUAAAAAGAUACUUUAUAUGAACCUAGACUUCAAAGGAGACCUACUUAGUGACGUCCUCAGAAGGAGA